CACCAGGCGCAACGCGAACACCAGACUGAAGCACAAUACGUAAAGAGGCAGAGUAGUAACAUGACGGCUGCGGGGCAGAAUAGGCUCUCUGCACCUUUGCCACAGUAAGUUUUAAAAAAGCGGGUCUCUAAGGAGAACGUUUGCAGGAUUGUGAGCAGCCGCUUCAAGUCCUGGACUAGAGAGAUCGAAGGAUUUGGAUCUGUGCGGACGAGGGUUGUUGAGGCUGUGUAGGUGCAGCCGCGGGCUGAGGUGAGUGCUGCAACUGGAAGGUUAGACCGGCAGGCGAGGCUGAGAAGCGGCGAUGGGACUCCCGACUCUCGAGUUUACCGACUGCUCCCUGGACAGCCCCGACUUCAGGGACCGGCUCAAAGCCCACGAGAUUGAGCUGGAGCGCACCAAUAAGUUCAUCAAGGAGCUGAUUAAAGACGGCAUCAUGCUGAUAAACGCGCUCAAAAAUUUAUCUGCAGCUGUUCAGAGGUUUUCACAAUCAUUGCAGGAUUUCCAGUUUGAGUGCAUUGGCGAUGCAGAGACUGAUGAUGAGAUUAAUAUUGCUCAGUCCUUUAAAGAAUUUGCACAACUACUUCAUACUGUUGAAGAGGAGCGAAGAAGAUUGAUUCAAAAUGCCAAUGAUGUUUUAAUUGCACCACUGGAGAAGUUUCGUAAAGAUCAAAUAGGGGCAGCAAAAGAUGGAAAGAAGAAGUUUGACAAAGAAAGUGAGAAAUACUACUCUAUAUUGGAGAAACAUUUGAAUUUAUCAUCAAGGAAAAAAGAAGCACAUUUACAAGAGGCCGACGCACAGGUUGACAAGGAACGGCAGAAUUUUUAUGAAGCUUCGUUGGAAUAUGUGUUCAAAGUUCAAGAAGUCCAGGAGAAAAAGAAGUUUGAAUUUGUUGAACCUCUGCUGGCAUUCCUUCAAGGAUUAUUCACUUUCUACCAUGAAGGUUAUGAGCUUGCACAGGAAUUUGCACCCUACAAACAGCAGCUGCAGUACAAUCUGCAAAAUACGAGAAAUAAUUUUGAAAGUACCAGACAGGAAGUGGAAAGACUGAUGCAGAGGAUGAAAUCAGCCCCUCAGGAUUACAAACCACCUGGACAGUGGACAAUGGAGGGAUAUCUUUGUGUGCAGGAGAAGCGCUCCCUUGGGUUUGCCUGGAUAAAACACUACUGUACAUAUGACAAAGCAACAAAAGCAUUCUCAAUGACCUUAUGUGAACCAAAGUCAGGGGGGAAAUUGAAUGGUCUUGUCACGGCUUCAGAAAUUUUCAAACUGAAGUUUUGUAUUCGACGGAAAACUGACUCGAUUGACAAGCGCUUCUGUUUUGAUAUUGAAGUUGUAGAAAGACAAGGUAUUGUAACACUACAGGCUCAGUCGGAAGCAAAUAGAAAACUUUGGUUGGAAGCAAUGGAUGGAAAGGAACCGAUAUACACUCUGCCCCUUCUCAACAAGAAGGAAGAAUUGUACCUUAAUGAGGCGGGUUUUAAUUUUGUAAAGAAGUGCAUUGAAGCUGUGGAAAUGAGAGGUAUUAAUGCCAUGGGAUUGUACAGAAUGAGUGGAGUAAAUUCUAAAGUACAGAAGCUAAUGAAUGCAGUAUUUGCGCUUAAAGCUCCUCCUGAUAUGGAUCUUGACACUGAAUUAUGGGACAUGAAGACAAUUACAAGUGGGCUUAAAAACUACCUCAGGUGUCUUGUAGAGCCAUUGAUGACUUACAAGUUACAUAAGGAUUUAAUUGCUGCUGUCAAGUCAGAUGAUCAGAAUUAUCGAGUGCGUGCUGUUCAUGCACUGGUUUAUAAACUACCAGAUAAGAACAAGGAAAUGCUUGAACUCCUGCUUAAACAUUUGGUGAAAGUGUCCACUCAUAAUCAAAAAAACCUGAUGACGAUUUCUAACUUGGGAGUUAUUUUUGGACCAACACUAAUGAGAUCCCAAGAGGAGACUGUAGCAGCAAUGAUGAACAUUAAAUUUCAGAACAUUGUGGUUGAAAUUCUGAUUGAGAAUUACGAAAAGAUAUUCAAUACCCCACCAGAUCCCAAUGUUCCUCUUCCUCAACCUGAGCAGAGAUCAGGAUCCAGGCGAAGCAAGGCAACUUGCCUUUCCACAGGUCCAAGACGUCCCAGAGGCAUCUAUACCCCAACCCUGUGCCUGGCAGAUGCAGACAGCGAUGCCUUCAGCAGCAGUCCGGACAGUACACCAAUGGGAAGCAUAGAAUCUCUCUCCUCUCAUUCAUCGGAACUAAACAAUUCUUCUAAAACCAGCUCCUCUCAACAUCAUGUGCAAAGAGAGAAAGGAGACAAUGGAAUUCCAUGGGUACAGACUCCUGCCACAUUGCCCGGGCUAAAGAACACAGUUGUUUGGACAACUAGCCCGGAAUCAAGCUCCAGUGAAGACACCGUUAAAACGGAUGGUCUGUCAGAUUCUCAGAAUCUGUUGUCGGCUGCAGGAAACAAACCUCCACCCUUAAGUCUGUGCAGUGAAGGACCCCACAAACAUAAUGUGCUUAAGCGAUCAAUAACCACCUCUCUAACUUCGCUCCCUAUAACUGAUGGUACUAAUGGGAGAAUUUUUAGCAAUUCUGUUCAGAAUCUGUCUUCAGUGGAUUUAAAAGAUACACUUAAAAUCACAUCCAACCCAGCACUUCCUCCAAAGAUGGCUACUAGAAGAAGACUAGAUUCAACAGCAAGCAAUGGCUAUCAGAAACCAGGAUCAGUGGUUGCAUCCAGAACUCAGUUGUUUGAAAAUAUUGGCACUCCUAAACUAAAUUCUUCUAGAUGCCAUGCCAAAGCCAUGUAUGCCUGCAAAGCGGAGCACAGCCAUGAGCUCUCUUUCCCACAGGGGGCAGUGUUCACUAAUGUGCACGGGUCAGUGGAACCAGGAUGGCUACAAGGAACAUAUGAAGGCAAAACGGGGCUAAUCCCUUCAAAUUACAUAGUCUUUCUUUGAUAACUGCUGGCAAGACUACAAAAUCUCCAUGGCAUCCAUGGUGACCAGUGUUAAAAUCUGAGAAUGCAAUAUAGUAACACAGCUCUAUAUCUGUCAAACAGUCGAGGGCAAUGGACUGUUUGCCCUACUGAAUAUAUGCCUUUUUAUGGUGUAAAGUAAAGGAAUGUGGUACCCAUCAAUAAAUGUUUGCUUAAACAAAAACACUAAUCAUAUCAGCCAUUGUUAUUGACAAAUAUUCAUCUUGUAGCAUUGGAAAUGGAAAAAGAGACAAAUUUUAGUGUAUAUAUCCAUAGGUAUACACAUAUAUAUUUUAUACGCUGUAACAUUUGUAUUGCAAGGCUCCAUGUUUGGAAAACCAAAGCUAAUAUGAGCUAUAAUGCAAUUUUUAUCUUGAUGUUAAUUUUUUUAUAUAUAUAAUUGGUUGAAAGAUGUUACUUUAGAUGGAUAAAGAAGAAAUUUAUAUGUUGAUUUAUUAUAGCAUCACAAAUUAUACAUUUAUUUACAGUCUUAUUUGAACUAGCUGCAGUGUUUUUCUUUAAGGCAAAUCUUUGCUGUUUUUUCAGCUUAAAAUCCUUCAACAUAAUUUUAAUCAAUUAACUUAAUUGAUCAUUUUGUAAACUAAAUUUUAUGGACAUGCAACUCUCCUUGACCAGUUUUUGUAUUAGAAUUAGAGGACUGAUGGUCACCGAUGUUUCAUGUCUUUUAAGGAAAAUAACUCAAGACGAGAUGGGUAUUUUCCUGAGAUUCAAAAGAUACUUAUGCUCAAAGACGUCUUCAGCUUUAUUAAAAUUGGUAACUGACGGUAGUGUUUUUACUUUAAUGUACAAGUAAUAAAACAUCAAUUUAUUAUUUACUAAUGUAAAUGUAAAAUAGAUGAAGAAGGAUUGUAUAUUUAACAUAUUUUGUUGAUGAACUACUUAUGAUCUCCAAAUACUUAAGUACCCAUACAUUUCUUGAGCAUUCAGUCUUGGAUUAUAAGUGAUUGCUUUUAAACUUCUCAGAGCAUGUUCAAUAUUCAUAAGACUAACCAUUUAUUAUGAUCUGAUUGUUGUUUAUAAGGAAGUUACCUAUUUAUCACACCAGUUUCUCCUGUCAAAAUAAUUUUGAUUAUGCUUUAAGAUAUGUUCACAGCUUACUGGUUACACAUCUGAAGUUGUUUUGUUU